GUAUAAUUAGUGGUCACAGUUUGUAAGCGAACACUGUGUGCCGUUAAUAAUUAAGGAAGCGCUACUUUCGAUCUUCAAAAAGUUCAUAAUUUGUGAAAGUUGGGUGCAUCAAUCAGUCCUAUUAAUGGCAAGCACGACAACGACAGUGGUUGUUCAUCAGCCCGUAGCUGUGGGGAACAGGAAUGGCCAAUGGAGCAGCGGACAGUGCAGUGUUUGUGACGAUAUGACCAUCUGCAUGUUGGGUUUUUUCUGCCCAAUGUUUAUGGGAUGUUACUUGGCCAACAAUUAUGGAGAGAACUGCUGUGUGGCCGUGCUGCCUGGAGGCAUGGUGGCAUUGAGAACACACAUGCGCCUUUCAUACGGUAUCCAGGGAUCGAUCUGUGAAGAUUCUAUGAUCAUUUCAUGUUGUUCGGUGUGUGAAUAUUGUCGAAUGGCUCGAGAGAUGCGUAUACACCAGAGAUAGCACGAAGGCCUUAAAAGAUAGAUAUACGGAGGAAAUACUUCCUUGCUUCAUCAAACAUGUAAUCUCUGAAAAAUACGCCAUCCUCCCUUCCUGUGAUGCAUUUGUAUCUUAAGCAUGAAACUUGAAAAGUCCCAGUACCCCUAUUUGCUUUAAACAUUUUUUGCAUAUGCAAUGCAUAGAUGCUAUUCAGGAUACUCGGAGGGCAAAAGUAAAAUAAAGUGGAUCUAAUGUUU